CUUGUCUGCGUCUGUCUGUGUCAUUCACUCACUUAUCGUUUUCGUAAUAAUUUCGUUUAUCGUUCAUCUCCUUUUAUUUUAUCGUUUUCGCAGUACGCUAAUGUUAAUAAAUAAUAUUUUCAUUUCUUAAAAUUAUUCUCCCUCGUGUUUUUGUAAUAUUUUUUAAUACCGUGGUACAGUUUUUCGUACAUCCGUUGGUGAAAAUCGAAAAUCCUUUCUUAUCAGUCAGCAUUUUUAGUGCUCAUUAUUUUAGUCGAAUGUGAAGUGUGUGUACCUACUUCGCGAAAUUUUGUCCCACUUUCGAGUCGUAAUGAAUAUCUAAUAGCUCCGUCUUUCGCCUUGAUUCAUGGUACUUCUUCCUUUGCAUUUUUACAAAUCAUGCUGUUGAAUAAUAAUUCUAUCCAUUGAAAUCCAUUUCCGAAAGUGAAAAUGUCACAUCUGACAGUUCGUUUCAAUACGUUCAUCGAAAGCAUAUUGCGUGUUCCACCGAUAUUUGUUCUGGAUGAAAUUUUCAAAUCUGGGUUCAGUUUUCCAUUUUCACUAUGGAGCUCCGAAGUGGACAUGGCAGCGAAAAAUUUCACCGCUUCUACUAUGAAAGGUGGCUCGGUGGAUCAAUUUUUUUACACAACUUUAUUUCUGACUACGUUGAAAUUUCUCUUAUCAUUUAUCGGUUGCAUUUGUACCUUUUUGGUGGCCAUAUUGAAUAUACGUGAAUUGAUUAUCGUGUACUUCUACCUAAUCUCGAUUUCCAUGUUGUAUUUUUCGUAUCAACAAAACGUCAAGUUUGUCGGUUUCGUCAUUACGCUGGAUGCCGAAAUGAAAUCACCCUCGAUUGAAGAUCACGUUUACAAAGAGUUGUUGUUUUCGCUGGGAGCUGCGUUAUUGCGUACAGUAAUAGUGCAAUGUGUUAUUGGUUUCAUAUAUCAAUAUUUGAAUCCGAUGGUUUUGAAGUAUCGCUGGUUAUCCAAAACAAUCCUCAUCAGUUUCCUGUUUCCUGUAAUUUUAAGCCUACUACCGCUGCCAACGUGGGUGUUGGUUCACGUACCGUUUUAUACGAUGAUGUUACCUGUAGCUGUAUCCAAGUACAUAUUUUGGUCCAGCGUACCUGCCAUGACACAAUAUAUCGUCAGUGGUUGGAGGUUCUGUCGAAAUUUCGUCGUUGGUUUCGGUUUACCAGCGCUGUUAGAAACCGAAUGGUCCAAACUACAUAUACCGGUGGUUUUACGAGUAUUUUGGAUUUUAAGAUUGUUAGAUCAUACGACCAGUUACAUAAUGCAACACGAUAUCGCCAAAAAUACCACAUUAUCGUUCGAUUUCAACGAGACGUCUAUACUUACCAACUACAGCGAACACAUAGUCGUGUUCUUACCUACAAUCAUGCAUAUGGUGAAGUCAUUGCUGAUCAGCGGAUGCGAAACGUUUAUCGCAGUUUUGGGAAUGACCAGCGUUAUAUCGUACAUUUGCCAACAAAUCGGAUACUUUUUUCAAUAUGUGUUACUCAUCGAAGACGAAGAUAAGAAUUUCGGAACAGUGUCCGGUAUCCUGUUUUGUAUUCUGGCCUUGCAGACUGGUCUAACGGGGCUAGCGCCGGAGAAAAGAUUCAUUAGAUUGUGUAGAAAUUUCUGUCUUUUAUUCACGGCCUUAUUGCAUAUUAUUCACGGUAUACUGAAUCCAUUACUCAUGUCGUUGAGUGCGUCUCAUAAUCCUGUCAUGCAUAAACAUAUUCGAGCCUUGGUUGUCAGCGCGUUUUUGAUCAUUUACCCUAUGUGGCUUUUGUUCUACCUUUGGAAAAGUGAUUCGAUCAGUACCUGGUUACUGGCUGUAUCAGCGUUCAGUAUCGAAGUGAUCGUGAAAAUGAUAAUAUCGUUGAUUAUAUACUUCCUGUUUUUGUUGGACUAUUACAGAGAGACAUUUUGGGAAGAGUUGGACGACUACGUAUAUUACAUCCGUUCGUUUGGAAAUAGCGUGGAAUUUUGUUUCGGAAUAUUUCUCUUCUUUAACGGAGCAUGGAUAUUACUCUACGAGUCUGGAAGUGCCAUCAGAGCUAUGAUGAUGUGUAUUCACGCUUAUUUCAAUAUAUGGUGCGAGGCGAAAUCCGGUUGGUCUAUGUUUAUGAAAAGAAGAACAGCUGUGAAAAAAAUCGACACUUUACCCGAUGCUAGGAGUACCGAUUUGGAUAGUCUACACGACGUGUGUUCAAUUUGCUAUCAGAAAAUGAGAACUGCCAAGAUUACUACUUGUAAACAUUUUUUCCACGCUGUCUGCUUAAGAAAAUGGCUAUACUUGCAGGAUUACUGUCCAAUCUGUCACAGUAUUCUAUAUAACCAAGAAGACUCUAAAAGUAGAUGAAAUCUCACUUUUACGCAUCGAAGGAAUUUAAAUUAGGUAUUUUCUCCGCUCAUUCGUACCUACGUAUUUUGAUCGAAGAAUGCGGAUUCAGUCAACGAAUAUCUGCAAGUUUUGUAUAGGAAUAUAACGACGGAUUUUCUAAAUCUUGAUUCAACGAUUUCCCGAAAGAUUCCUAGAUUUUUCGUAUCGAAGUAAAGCUUAUCUACAGCUUCACUCAGGCCCUAAUGACAUUACAUUCCUGAAUUAAGUAUGUUUUAAUGUUAUUGUACCUCGUUUUUCGGGUGCUUUUUUAUUAUUUUUUUUAAUGUGUUAAGAGUUGAAAAUGUAAACGGUGGAAACUGCCUCAACAACGUUCACGUAUAGCACAACGAAUGAGUUUUAGAUGUUACUAUAUAUAAUUUUAGUGUAUUGUACGUGAUAGAAGGAUUCAAUUUGUUUUUUUGAUGUUGAUGAGGUUUUUGAAUUAUUUUUCUUAUUUUUUCUUUUCAUCUGCUCCAAUUUAAAUGGUAAAGUUUGUUGUUUUCAUCCCUUUUACUACCGUUACCACUUAUGGCAGCAACACUAGUGAACAAAAAAAUCACGUGUUGACUAGAUUUCGUCAUUUUUAUUUUAUUUUUUUCACACAAAUGAUUACGUCUUUUUACUUACAUACGUUAGGUGAGAGAGUGAUUCGUAUAUUCAACGAAUCACGUAAAAUUGAAAAUGGAAUUAUCGAGUACCUGUUUAGUUACGUAAGCUGCACGUAUGAUUUUUUAAUUAUUAUUUUUUUUUUCGAAAUGUGAUAUGUGUUCUUUUCGUUGUUUUGUACGUAUUGUAAAUUUCUUCUUUUUUUUUUCUAACUUGUAUCCAUAUGCAUAUUAUUUUGUUCUGUUAAGUUACGUGUUUUAUUUCUGUGAUUUCUUUUUUUUUCUUUGGGGACUUAAAUAAAUUGUGUAUUCAAUUGAUUUUUUAAAAUCGUA